CCUCGCUAAGAAUACUUUCACUCCCCACUCCGCCGGGACUUUUCUUUUCUUCUCUCGCAAGUCUGCCCAAGAUCCCGAACGUGUGAGGCUCGUCAAAGGCCUCUCCUUGGGGCUUGUCAUAAUCCUGAGUGUCAGUGUCUCCAGCACAAUGUCUGCUGCUUUGCCGUCUCUCGCGGUUCCAGGCCAACGGCUUGGACCAACAUCCACCUAUGCAGCCGGUCCAGGAACGCACAUCCAAGACGCUUUCAUAUGCGCCUCGAUUGGAGGACCUGUGGUGGUAGAUCCUGCCAAGGAUAAAACUAAGGCGAAAUCCUUGAUCACUGUGUCGCGGAAUUAUACCGGAAGCGCGCUCCCUACAGGAAGCCAGGUCAACGGCGUGAGCGGUUUCGGCGUCAAACCGGGCGCAUCUACGUCUUCACCCACGACGGGCGCUCCCUCGAAAGGGAAAUUGAGGUACAAUACGCUACCUGCGGUGGACUCGAUCGUGCUGGCUCGCGUCACUCGAGUCCAGAAGCGCCAAGCAACCGUCUCUAUCCUCGUCGUUCUCGACGACACUGCCACCGCCGAGAAUGCGCAUCCUUCCGCAACUGCUUCGGAUAAUGACAAUAUUGCCUCUAUAUUAGCCUCGCCUGCCAAUCUGGAGAAUCAAAAUAACUCGGAUGAAUUACGGUUCCAAGCUCUUAUUCGCAAGGAAGACGUCCGUGCCGUCGAGAAAGACCGCGUCGUGAUGGAGGAGAUGUUCCGUGUUGGUGACAUUGUGCGUGGAAAAGUCAUCUCUCUGGGUGACCAGAGCUUCUAUUAUCUUACAACUGCUCGAAAUGAUCUUGGGAUAGUUAUGGCGCGCAGCGAGGCUGGAAAUAUGAUGUUCCCCGUCAGUUGGAGGGAGAUGAGAGACCCUAUCACUGGAGUGGGUGAGCCGCGAAAAGUUGCGAGACCCUUUUAAAGUCACCAGCGACUUUAAAGAAUCACCAACCAGACUUCGUCAUGAGAACAUAAGCACGGAUUAUUUAUUAUUUUCCGUUGCUCUCGCGUUGCCUCCUAUCAGGAUUCGGCAUGCGGGAUUUCCUGUCUGAGUGUCUCUAAAGAGAUAACCCAACUUGCAUUCCCGCUUUUCCCGUCCCCAAGGAUGACCUGGUCCAUCGGAACCUCGGCGACUUCCGUUUCUCUGCACGUCAGGAUUAUGCGCAGACAAAACUGGUCUUCGGAACACUACUAG